AUGCCGUUGAUCAUCGUCUCUGGUCUGCCAACGUCUGGCAAGACGACACGCGCCAAACAGCUCAAUGAGUACCUGACGAAGCGGACGGCCGACACGAAAUAUCGCACCCACUACAUAUCCGACGACACGCUGUCCAUCUCACGGACGGUGUACGACCUGUCGCCCGACAAGGUGCGUGCCCAUACGCGGUCGGCCAACGCCUCGGAGAAGGAUGCGCGGGCGGCCAUCUACGGCGCGGUGAAGCGCGUCCUGUCAGACAAGGACAUCGUCAUCCUAGACGGGCUAAACUACAUCAAGGGGUGGCGGUACCAGCUCCACUGCGAGGCCAAAGCCCUCCGGACGCCGAGCUGUAUCCUCCAGAUCGGGUCCACGCGGCAGCAGGCCGAGGAGGUCAACCUUGAGAGACUACGGAGGAAGGGGGAGGGGCAGGUUACCGAGAAUAGCAGCAGCAGCAAUGACGAUGCUGCUGCUGCUGAAGAACCGUACGAGCCGGAAAACUGGGACAACCUGGUCUUCAGGUACGAGGAGCCCAACCCGAUGACCAGGUGGGACAGUCCCCUCUUUGCCCUGGUAUGGGACGACGGCGAGGAACAGACGCACCGCGUCUUCGACAGCCUGUGGGAUGCUAUCGCCGGGGAGGGCCGCAAGGCCGUGCGCCCGAACCAGUCCACCAUCCAGAGGGGCCGCGACGCCGGAGGAGACUACCUGUACAUACUCGACCGCGAGACCCAGGCCAUCGUCAAGCGCAUUCUCGAGUACCAGCAGGAAGGCGGCGGCGACGGCGGCGGCCAGGUGACCAUCGCGCUGGACGCUGAUGGAAAGGACGACCUCGUCGUCGACCUGCCCGUAGGCAAGACGGUCGGACUCCCGCAGCUGCAGCGUCUACGGAGGGCCUUUGUCGGGCUCAACCGUGGGGGUAUCGGGUUGGAGGCCGUCGGGAACAUGGCGGCUGAUAGGCUACGGGAGGCGUUUGUGCGGUAUCUCAACGACACGUUUGAACAGGAUGAAUAG